AUGUCACGCCACGAUGCCGUGAUGGUGGCGUAUCAGAAAGGUUAUGAUAAAGCAAAGGCUUUCUAUGAGAACGAUCAGCUUGAUGAAGCAGUAGAAGAGGCGGAAAGCAUGCUUGCCAAUGACAGUAUGCCACGGUAUUUCCGCAUCAAGUGCUACUUGCUUGUUGCUGCGUGCCUGGAAGAUCGGAUUGAGGCGGACGACCUUAUCGAGAGGGCGGAGUCGCAGUGGGUCAUGGCUCGUAGUUUCGUCCCUCAGACAGGGAGGGAUACGGACAUCGAAGACGCCCUUGCAGAGCUGCGCGGCGAUAUCGAUUCUGUUAAGCAGCAUUUCAAGGAGGAGCGCGCGGCCGCGUGGGCGCAGGAAAAGCGAGAGAUAGAACUGGAGAUCGAACGCGAGGAGAUGGGGGUGGAAGUAGGAAGCGAGGAAGGGGAGGCGAUUCAGGAAGAGGAGGCGAUUAAGGAAGAGGAGGCGAUUGAGGAAGAGGAGGCGAUUAAGGAAGAGAGUGGCACGGCGGAUGUGGAGAUGAAAGGUGAGGAAGGCGUUC